GACAAUCACAUUUUUCGUCGAGAAAAAAAAGCAUAAGGAAACUUCAGCUCGUAGUUCUCGUAGAUUUUUAAUUCCUAUUACUUGCAAUUGCUCUUGAAGCAAUAAAAAUAUGGCAUUUCUGAAUAAGAUUGUCCUUUUCAUUGGUUUUGUGUCACUACUGCAUGCAGCAUAUUCAGCUGCUCAGCAUCGUGCUUACUUGCGAAUUACUGACCAGGAAUUUACCAACCUGCCAAUCGAUAUCAUUUUUCAAGCCAUUCUCAGCUUGUUUCUUAUAAUCUAUAACAUUCUGCAAGUGGUGGGUGAUUUUAAGGAAAUUCGAGCCGCGGUCGACUUGCAGGUCAAAUCCUGGGAAACGUUAGGAAACAUUCCAUCGUUUUAUACGUUUAAUCACAGGGGUAAAGCUCUAGCUCCCUUCUAUGAGCAACCGAAUCCUUGUGCAAUCGAUCGUUCCGAUCUGAGCGCAAAUAAUUAGCAUGGCUCGUUUCCGGUAUCCGAAUAUAGUAUGUGAAGUGACAAAAGAGCACAUCAGUUUAUUGUGUAUUCGAUCGAUGAUGCUGUGGGGUUUCUUUCAUCAUAUUUUUAGAUUUUGAAUGGAAAAAUUAGUAUCCCAGUUUUUGGAAAUGGCAUAGUUGAAACGCUGCUUAUAUUUCGAAUUUAUGUCGAGAAAAACUAAACGAUACCAAUUGUCUUUACAAUAAAGGCGUGUGAUUUAAA